AGCAGUUUCUACAGGAGUGGGAACUGCUAAAAGCACAGGUGGCAGAGGUGACAGAGUGUCUUAAGAAAGCUCAGCUAGAAAGAGAUGCAUACGCUCAACAACUCAGAACAGAGAGGGCAUGGUGGCAGCAGCAAAUGCUGAAAAUGGCAGGAGAAUUGAACCCCCAAUCCUGAAGCCCCCAGCAGGGCCCUCUGACUUGGAGAAGAACGUAGAAACUGAAACCAAGUACCUGAGAGACAAGCUGCGGGAACAGGAGAGACUGCAGGAGGCAAAAAUGAGGCUCUGGGAGCAGGAGGUGCCAUUUCUGAACCCUGCUGGAGCCGGUGCCCAGGAGGAGCAGGCACGGCUCUGUGAGCAGCUCCAGAAACAAUAGGUGUGUUGCC